AUGCAUAUACAAUGUUGGGAAUUGCUUCUAAAACUUAGAAGAGAGCGACUCAGGUGUAUACAAGUAACUUAGUUCAGUGUCAGUGGACUGGUGGCAAUCAAUGUGUGCUCCGAUGUUUCAGCAUGCUCAGCAGGCAAAUCCCGGUCAGGCUGGCCUUUCACGCGUGCCACUGCAGCACAGUCAGUGGGGCAAAGGGAGUUCACAACGCUGAACGUUACGAUGUGAUUGUUGUGGGCGGCGGCCAUGCUGGUUGUGAAGCUGCAGCUGCUGCCGCCCGAAUGGGGGCCAAGACACUCAUGGUCACGCACAAAAUUGAUAAAAUAGGUGAAAUGUCAUGUAAUCCAUCGUUUGGUGGCAUAGGCAAGGGCCACAUCAUGGCAGAAGUGGAUGCACUGGAUGGGCUCUGCUCGCGGAUAUCGGAUUUAUCCGGGAUCAUGUUCCGCGUCCUGAAUCGUUCGCGUGGUCCGGCAGCAUGGGGGAACCGAGCGCAGAUCGACCGGGACCAGUACAAGACGCACAUGCAGAGGGAGAUCUUGUCCAUUCCGAACUUGACAGUGCUCAGUGCGGCGGUAGAAGACCUAUCACUGUCCUCCUCUGCACUCGCUGAUGAUGGCAGCCGUGUUCCAAGAGUCACUGGCAUUGUUUUGGAGAGCGGUGAAGUCAUUCCUGGGGAAUCAGUUGUUCUAACAACCGGCACGUUCCUCAACGCAACCAUCUCCAUCGGUACUACAGUGCGGCAAGCUGGACGACUAGGCGAUGCACCAUCGGUAGGGUUGGCAAAGACGCUAGCAGACAUCGGCUUCACGGUGGGCAAGCUGCGUACAGGAACGCCGCCGCGUAUUCUUGCCAGCUCUAUUCAAACUGGUGGGCUCGACAAGCAAAUUGGUGAUGAGCCUCCACAGCCGUUCUCGCUUCUGAAUGAGCGUCCCGUGUUGAACGCACCACAGGAGGUUACCUACGUCACUGAAACCACGCCAGAGACUAACGCGAUAGCCGUGGAGUCGCUGGAUCGCAACUAUCACAUCAAGGAAGAAGUACACGGGCCUCGCAACUGUCCGUCACUCGAGUCCAAGUGCAUCCGCUACCCGCACUUCCGGCACCGUGUCUUCCUGGAGCCCGAAGGUCGUGAUGGGAGACUCAUCUAUCCACAAGGUCUGGGAUGUACUAUGCCAGAGGAGGAACAAGUUCGCAUGCUGCACACGAUACGGGGUCUGGAGCAGGCGGAGCUUGUGGUUCCAGGAUACGGUGUGCACUAUGAUUUCUUUGACCCUCGGCAGCUGAUGUCGACGCUGGAGACCCGGCGAGUAGCGUCGCUGUUUUUCGCUGGUCAAAUCAAUGGCACUACCGGGUAUGAGGAGGCCGCAGGUCAGGGAAUAGUUGCCGGCAUAAAUGCUGUACUUCGCGUGCGCAACGAGUCGCCAUUCACCUUGGACAGAGCUGAUGGCUACAUCGGAGUAAUGAUCGAUGACCUCACAACAAAGGGCUGCAAGGAACCAUACCGAGUGUUCACAUCGCGUGCAGAAUAUCGACUGCUGCUUCGGCCGGAGAAUGCAGACAACAGACUAACGCGGAAAGGUGUUGAGGUUGGCGUGGUCGGUGCACAUCGCAAGGCCGUAUAUGAGCGGAUAGUGGACGAGGUGGAGCAGGCCAUGUCCAUACUGAAGACGACUCAGAUGCAGUAUGAGAAGUGGCACGCUCUCAGCGGUGGGUGUGAAGCCAUACCCGAGUCAUCCGCGACCAAAACUGGAGAUGCGGUAGUUCAGAAACAUCACAACCUGGACGCCGUGGUGAGAGCAUGCCGAUCGUCCGCGCUUGAGCGCCUCCUGGAGAGCCAACACGUUCGCAACAAGGUCUUCGCCAACUGUGUCUACAGGACUGCAGCUGCCAGCAUGUCCAAGUUGGUGGAAGAAUUCCGCAGAGACGAGGCACUGCAGUUGCCGCUGGAUCUGGACUACAUAGCCCGUGCUGGCGAGUUGGGCAUGAGCGCUGAUGUUGCUGAGAAGCUCCACUUAGUCAGGCCGGAGACGCUGGGAGCAGCUGGUCGUGUUGCCAACGUCUCUGUGCCAAGCUUGAUCCAGCUCAUGGUCUACGUGAAGAAGAGCGAGGAACGACAGCUACAGCGGCAUUGACAGUGGACUACAUUUACCUGGUCAGGAGCAGCUGUUGAUGCCAGUGUCCUUACCGACGGGGUGUGAGCAGUAAGCGGGCAAGCAGACCUGGGCCUGAAGGCCCUGAAUGCUACUGCCCGAGAACAGAAAACUCGUUCGACUGCGCUCCAUCUAGUGACGUUCAAUUGUAGUGAACAUGUGCGCGUGUGUGUGUGUGCAAGAACUGAAGAAGUCUGUCUGCUCAAGAGAUUGUGUAUACGUCCUGUAAGGGCACGGGCACAGCCAUGGCACCAGACUAAGUCAUAGUUUUGAAUACAAGUAGGACUACAAAAUGUUGUAAGUACAUUUAAAAUUUCAAUACACACAGAUGUUUAUUGAUUUUCUUCAAGAGUCGAGGCAUUCAAGUUACAAGGCAAUUCUCUCCUUGUCAGUUUUUUUGGCUUCACUUUCUGCUCUAAUUUUUUUACUGUGUUUGCUAGGAAUACUGCAUUGGUUUUACUGAGCCAGGCUUUGGAGAUUACUGAUGACUUGUGCAAGAUGAACAGGGAAUGGCUGCAACAAACUUUAAUACAAGCACUCUCUUUUUUAGUUUAGAAAAAAAAUACUGUAAUCGAUUAAUCGUCCUA